AUGGCGUCGUCUCCCUACAAUAACCGCCUGGCGGGUUUGAACGUCCAGACCAACCAGGACGGCUGGGUAUACCCCUGGACUCCUGCCAACACUACAGCACCUGCACUAUUAAUGCCAGGGCAAAGUGGCUCACCUACGAGCCGUCGAGCAAUUCCUGCUCCACUUCCGUCUACUGGGGUCACAUCCAAUGACCCAAUGCUGCAUUCACCACCCUACGGUCCACACCCUAUUCCGUGGGGGAUCAAUGCUAGCCCGAUACUUGUUCCUAAAACUGCAGCUAGUCCUCCAAACGAGCCAUGGGUGAGCUGGGACAAUGCCUCUCAGUGCAGCCCCCCAUCGCAGGGAAAUCCACCACCCGGUCUGUCCUUCCUCUCGACCGGGACACUCUCCCAAACUACCGUCGACGAACGUACGGCCGUCGGUGGGGGUGGGCAGGAUUCCCAUGCUUGCUGCCAUACCAGCUAUGCUGAGUACGUUUGGGUGGAGGAGACACUUGACUUCUCGCAUUCUGACUGUAUCUUAGACGGCCUACGUCCAGCCAGUUCAAGUGCAGAUGGGCAGGCUGUACGUACGCGGGAGCUUUCACCCGGGAAACAUGCCUAUGGCGACACAUCAAAUCUACGCAUGUCUCUCCCGGCAUGUUCAAAUGCCCCGACCCUCAAUGCAACAAAACCUUCGGUCGGAAAGACAAGUACCAGAGUCAUAUGCGACAAGCCCAUAUGA